AUGUUUAUUGUAAAAAGUAGCAUACACAGUGAUAACACGUUGGACACGAACGCAAAAAAAGAGCAUAGCAAAAUAAACAAAUUCUUAACCGUAUUGAUUGUUAUACUUAACAUAUUUAGUCUUAUAUUUACGUUAAUACUAGCCACGAAAUUUUAUCUCUGUUCGUAUAACGUAACGGCGUUCCUAUUCCUCUUAACACAAACGUGUCUGUGGUCAUAUUUAGCGAUCCUGAACAUAUACGAUAAAAAAUAUAUUUUUUCUUUGUCCACAUUUUUCGGAUUUCAUUUAUAUACACAAUGCUACCAAAAUUAUGAAAAGUUAUUCUUAUCAGAUGAAAUUCAAGAAUACCACUUUAUGUCAAUUGCCCUUUCGCAUUUACCAUUUCUUUAUAUUUGUUACGACAUUGUCAUAUUUCAGUAUGAUAGUGUUUUUAUAAAAAGCACAUUAGAGUACACUUAUAAUGACAAUUCCCUAAUAAUACUGAAUUUUUUAAGGGGCAUAUUUUGCUCCCUAUCAAUUGCAAUCAUUUUUAUAAUCUCUAUGAUUUUAAACAUACAGAAUACAUUUAGAACGUAUCCAUUGUCCAAGCUUUCGAACAACAAGACUAAAAAAUACUUAUUAUCCGUAUUCUUGUUUUACCUGAUCGAUUCGCAAAUAAGAAUAGUCACAUUUCUUUUUAUCAUUGAAACGUACGAAGUUAAUCCUUUUAAAAUAUUUGUCUUUAUAUUUUCCCAGAUUAUGACAAUAUGUGUAAGCAUUGCUUUCGAUACACACAUUUUUAAAAACAUAAUUAUAGGCAUAUCAUCAAUUUUAGUUUCCCCCUUAUCUAUUAUAUUACACUCCACUAACCGAAAUUAUAGCAAUGAAAGGGUUGUAAGGCUUAGCAAGUUGUUAAUAAAUUUUCGUUUCUUUGAAUUUUUUUUAAUACUUUUUUAUGGGUCCCUAUAUUAUGAUGAUGAAGAAAUAGGAAACGCCUUUAUAUUAUAUAUACAGCUCAUUAACUUAAUAUUGCUGUUUUUUCUUAUAAUUAUUUAUAAAAAAGUACUGUCUUAUAAGAGAAAAUUUGACGAAAACAUGGACGAACUGAAUGUAGAUUUGUAUAACAAUAUAAAUGAUAGUUAG